CUGUGUGUGUGUCUCUCUCUCUCUUGCGUCGAGUCGUCGUGCUUUGGUUGCUGUCUGUGCUUGGCUUUUCUCGUCAGUGUUGGUAUUGGUGUAUGUUUCGUGUGAGCGUUUUGUGCACGAAUGCAAAUGCGCUUUUCGUAUCCACCGCACACCACCAUCAAAGACAGACAGCCAGGAAGGAAGGAACUGUGGAUGAGUUGGCGACGUGAGCAGCAGCCGCAGCAGCAAUAGCCAUCCACACCCACACACACCCACACCCACACCCACACACACACACACACACACACACACACAGACACAACAGAGAGACAGAGAGGAUGGAGGAGUUGAGGGAGUUGCAGCGAUCCCAUGAGCGCAAGAGCAUGCGCAUCGUGGCCAUUGCCAGGCAGAACUGGAGCGCAGUCAUGGGCAGCGGCGACGAGAAGUGGGGCUUCUUGGAGCAGAUCUUCACUGCGAGCUUGGACAUGCCGAAUGCAGAAGACGUGCGCAAGAGAUGCCUACAGGCGCUGGAGAAGCGGUUCCCCAACAGCCAGCGUGUGCAGCGACUUCAGGCGAUGGGCUUUGAGGCCGACGGACAGUUUCAGAAAGCGCUUGAUAUCUACAACGAGAUGCUGGAGGCUGAUCCUCUCAACCCGGCGAUCUUGAAGCGGAAGAUUGCUGUUCAUAUCGGCAAGGACGACAUUCCCCUCGCCAUCACCGCCCUCAACAAAUACCUGGAGCUGUACUCGAGCGACUUUGAAGCCUGGCAGCAGCUGACUGACUUGUACAUCGACACACAGGACUUGCAGAAUGCGGCGUUUUGCCUGGAGGAGGUCAUGCUGUCAAACCCACACAACCACGUCUACUACUGCACAUACGCCGAGGUGUUGUUUGCGCGUGGAGGAAGCGAGCGCAUGACACAGGCCCGGCGCUACUUUGCAAAGGCCCUCGAGCUCAACCCAACAAGUGCACGCGCCCUCUACGGCCUUCACCUCGCCUCGGCGCGCACUAUGACCAAAGGCUCAAAGGCGUCCGAGGAUGUGGCGACGGUGGCAGACCUGCGUGACGGCAGCAAGGAACAGCUGCUUGCGUUGUAUGAAGAGCAGGGUGCAAACCCAACCCACCAAGCCCUCCUCCCCUCCGUCUUGGUUGGCAGCGGCAAGCAGUGAUGUGAUGUGAUGUGACACGACUUGAGAUGGGCAUUGGGUGGUUCGAGUGAGCGGGUGGUGGUCGCUUGCCUGUAGAAGAUUCGAUAAAGACUUUCGCAUA